CGUCGUCAUGAGGCUCCGCGGGGCCCCCUUGACGGCCUGCCUGUUUCUCCUCCUCUCCGUAUACUUGGAGACGACAAACGGUGAAGAUCUAUACUGGGAGGGCGAGGAAGAUUCAUCUAAUGAAUUCUUUGAGGUUAAGGCAACAGACGUCGGUAUAAGCCACCAUCUUCGCAGGAUCAAGCGGCAAUUUUUUCCAAAUUUUUUCGAUUUUUCCCCUGUCACGACAUCGGUAAAGCCGGAAAUUCAACCUACUGCCGACGACGAUGACGGGUUUGAUCAAGAUCUAGACCGUGAUGGCUCGGGGUUUGGGGGAAGUGUUAUGGAUUCUAAAGAAAAGACUCUACGCGUAUCGUUCAAUGUACAAGAACCAUACAAGGACGAAUACUCCAAUAGAGAUUCUAUAGAAUUCAGAGAAUUCUCUCAGACCUUGGCUGAGGCUGUUAAUACCCUGCUUGAACCGCUAGGAUCUUACAAAGCAAGUCUAGUGAGGAUACAAUCUCGUGUAGAUGAGUUCUCCUGCAAAGUGACCUUGGACAUAGUUGAAAAUGGCCAUGACGAUGCCGAUAAGCUUAACGAAAUCACAGAGCUGCUUCGAAAUCACAUUAAGCAGAUUGGCAAACUUGGAGCGAUCACUGUCAACGACCAUGAAUUCAGUACUAACGUCAUUGGACCCGACACCUCACUCGAGACUUGCGCGGACAACGAGAUAUUGUGUGAUAGUAACCGCUGUGUCGAAAAACUGAAGUUGUGUGACGGAUAUAAUGACUGUAAUGACGGAACUGAUGAAAGUCAAUGCCCUGAUGUAGCGGAAACGACGACGCCUUACCCUCUACCUACGGCCACGCCCUGCGAGAAUGUCUAUGAAUGCACUGACUCAAACGUGACCAUCUGUUCAGAACAGUGGUGUGACAACAACAUUGACUGUCCUAAUAGCGAAGACGAAUUAAACUGUUCGAAGACUGAAUACCCUAUAAGAAAGGAAGAACAGUGUAGUAGCGACGAUUUUAAAUGCCAGGAUGGCCGCUGUAUCGCAAGCUAUCGGCAAUGCGAUGAUGUAGACGACUGUAGUAACGGCGAAGACGAAAUCGAUUGUGACUGUCAAAGUGACCAAUUUAAAUGCAUCGAGGAUGGUACCUGCAUCUCAAGUAGAAAAAGAUGCGACAACAUCCCGCAUUGUCGAAACGGUAGCGACGAAGAGAAUUGUGAGAGCCUGUGUGAAGUAAAUGAAUUGCAAUGUAAUUCCGCUAAUGGCAAUGUUAUCUGUUCUACUCUUUGCGACGGUAAUCCUGAAUGCAAUAAUGGGGCUGAUGAGGAUAAUUGUGACAAAGGAACCAAUAAAUCGAUUAAGAAGGGUGGUCCCGCGCUCUCCUAUAAUCCUACUGCCUUAAAAGGUAUUUUAUCUAAACAGAAGACAAGAAAAUUAACUGCUGUACUGAAGAGCUGUUGGUCCAUGGAAACGCUAAUGAAGGAAGACGGCCUUCCAAAGUUACGAAACCUUGAAUUCAGGAACAUAUCUCUUGUCUAUCAUAGUAUACGGUUCUCCAACAACGACUUGACACACAGAAUUUGCCGCCACCAAUGCGACGAUAAAUGUUUGGAAAACGAAAAGAUAUGCGACGGUAAUUCCGAUUGUUCCGACGAAAGCGACGAACUUGACUGUAAUCCAUGCGACGGACCGGACGACUUCAGAUGUGACAAUGGAGACUGCGUUGCAGCUACUAUGCACUGUAAUGGUAUUACCGAAUGUACAGACAGAAGUGACGAGGAAAAUUGUAAUUCAACCAUGAUAGCGAGUCGUGUGCAAUGCCUCGAAUACCAAUUUGUGUGCAAAAAUGGCGAAUGUAUAAAUAACCAAUUUAUCUGUGAUGGACGAGACGACUGCUCAGAUAGUUCCGACGAAGAAAAUUGUCCGUGUAGAUAUGACGAGUUUGAAUGUACGUUAGGUAACUGUAUACCUGAUAGCGAACGUUGUGAUGGUAAAAAGGACUGUGAUAAUGGAUCGGACGAAGAUGAUUGUAUAAAUAUUUAUAAUUAUCAAUCAACCCGUCCACCACCAGUUUAUACCACAAGGGGUUAUGAUAACGGUGACGUAGGAAUAGGAUACCCGGAAAUACCUGAUUCUGAACCACCACGGCGUGGUGACCGCCAACCUUGGGAAAUCGAUGACACUGAGGACAAUUUACCUUACACUACACCGCUGUAUGAAAGGCCUGACAUUGACUCAGAAUUCCAACCAAGUACUCGCAGGCCUUCAUAUGGAGGAUACCCGGAAACACCAUACCAACCAGACUACAAUAGACCGGGAGGUGGUUAUAAUACAUUUUAUCCGUCUGAGACAGAAUCAGGAAAUAACCGUUAUCCAGGAUAUCAUCCUCGUGGUGAAAGCGGGUCAGCUGAAGAUAGAGGUCGAGAUAGAGUGCCUUUUGAUAGAAAUCGGGGACAAUCAGGCACAUCUUUAGUCACCGUCAACAACAAUGGCUGCCGAAGAAACCAAUGGCGUUGCGAGAACGGAUCUUGCAUCGAUGCACACCGCCGAUGUAACGGACACAUCGACUGUCCAGAUACCUCAGACGAAUAUAAUUGUCCCAAAGACACUCCACCGGCCCUGAACCUCAAGACAUACCCUAAUGAGCAAACUAUCAGAUAUGCUAAAUAUCGACAUGGUGGCGAUGUGGUAUUUAGUUGUCGCGAUGAAGGACCUCAGAGGGUAGCAGUCAGAUGGAUCAGAGAAGGUGGGAGACCUCUAAAACCUGGUUCCACAGACAGGAAUGGACGACUCGAAAUGAACAAUGUUACAACGGCGGACAGUGGAGUUUACAUUUGUCAAGCUGUUAAUUUCUUGAGUUACCCCGGAGCGGAGUUGCGCGUUACCCUAACAGUAGAUAGAGCUGGUGUGAUCCAACGGCCAGUAUACCCAGGCUGUCGACCUUCUGAUGCUACAUGCGGCAGUGGAGAAUGUAUUUCCAAAAAUUUAGUCUGUGAUGGGAAAAGGGACUGCAGCGACGGCUCUGAUGAGGACAGUUGCAUUCACGAUGGUAUCUGCGAACCUAAUCAAUACCAAUGCGCGAACCGUCGAUGUGUGCUGAAGACCUGGAGGUGUGAUGCGGAAGACGACUGCGGCGAUGGGUCAGACGAACAGGACUGCGAGGCCACAGACCCCUCACUUCCUUGUCAGCCAUCAGAGUAUACUUGCUCAUCAAACCAAUGCAUUCCUAAGAGUUACCACUGCGACGGUGUCUUUGAUUGCCAGGAUAAGUCCGACGAAAAGUUAUGUGCUCCUGUAGUAAUUGUUAAGCCUCCAACUCCGGGAUUGGUACGUUUGUUUGUCGGCGAUACCUUAGAACUGGUAUGCUCUGCUGUCGGCGUCCCUGUUGCGGUGAUAUCUUGGAGAUUGAAUUGGGGACAUGUACCCAAUCAAUGUAUAUCUGAAAGUGUAAACGGAGUCGGUGUCCUCAAAUGUCCUAACAUGCAGGCUGAACACAGUGGCGCAUACUCAUGUGAAGCUAUCAACAAUAAGGGUGCCACUUUUGCAGUACCAGACGCCAUUGUUUUCGUCGAAAAAAAUAGUGUCUGUCCAAAAGGAUACUUCAACAGAGACGCUAACUCCUCAUCCGACUGCAUACCUUGCUUCUGCUUCGGUAAAACGGAUCAAUGCGACAGUGCCCAGCUUUACAUCUAUAACAUGGCAUCUAUGUUGGGAGAAGGUGGCACAAGACUCGUGGGCGUUACCUAUGGACCGAAUGAAGAACUCGUAAUUGACCCCCCUGAUAGACAAGCGAUUACCAAUAAAUAUGAUUACCAACCUUUGAGAAAUGGCGCUACGGUCACGAGGUUGGAAAUCUACGGUCUUGAUCCUGAACGGCACUUACCAAGAAUGUACCCGUAUUUGACUUUGCCGGCAUCAUAUAAUGAUAACCAACUCACAUCCUAUGGUGGUCACAUCAGUUACCAAUUGGCUUCGCAUUCGUAUGGUAUAGGUUCCGACACCGCCAUGCCUGAUAUCAUCAUAAAAGGAAAAUAUGGAACGCUCUUGUACUAUCAAAACGGACAGAAGUCGCUUAUCCAAGCGCAGUUUGUACCUGGUGCUUGGCAGAAGACCACAAACAGAGGCCGGGAGCCAGCCUACCGAGAAGACAUAAUGCUAGCCUUGGAUCAAGUUGAGAUGAUCUUACUACGCGCCGAUAUAGACAAUGCUGGUGUGAAUAUAACGAAUUUCGUGAUGGAAUCUGCUCAGUUUAUCAACGCAGGACUCGGUAAUGCAAACCUUGUGGAAGAAUGCAAAUGUCCGCCAGGAUACGAUGGCCUCUCAUGCCAGAAUUGUGCCGCCGGCUACGAAUCAAACCAACUAGUGGGACCUCUGCUCAGCAGUUGCGAGCCAGAACGGAAGGUCUGUCCGGAAGGCACUUAUGGAGACCCUGCUAAUGGCUUCGCAUGUACCCCGUGCCCUUGCCCAUCAACUUCUCCUUCGAACCAGUUUGCUACCUCAUGCUACAUUGGAUCCAGCGGCAGAGUGAUCUGCAACUGCUUUAAAGGCUACGAAGGUGAAAACUGUGAUCGGUGUGCGAGCGGCUAUGAAGGUAACCCACAUAUACCUGGUGACUACUGUAAAAUCGUCAAAAAAACUAACUGCAAUCCAGUGGGAACUAGACAAGUUCGAUUACUCGACGAAUGCGAUUGCAAGGAUAACGUGGAAGGAAGAUAUUGCGACCGCUGCAAGGCUGAGAGUUUCUACCUCUCAGCAGAUUUCAGACAUGGCUGCGCAUCCUGUUUCUGUUCCGGAGUGACUCAAACAUGUACAAGUACUAACUUCCGCCGGAAGACAACCCAUGUGGCUUUCAAUACUCCAGACGUCGUCCGACAACUGAAGACUUAUAGCAGUACAGCAUCAGGCUCAUCAACAAGAUACAGCGUUCCAGUAGUAGCUGAUCUUCUUGUAACUGCAGGGAGAUAUGGUGCGGUAUCUGUCGCAGAAGCUGGUUCUCAACCAACCGUUUACUAUUGGAGUUUGCCGAUCAGUUUUGCUGGAGACAAGGUGACAUCAUACGGUGGUUACCUGCAGUACACUUUAAGGAAUGUACCACCCAUCGAUGGUGGAAGUCUCAGUGAUAAAGCAGCUGAUGUGCAACUGAUAAGCGACAACCGGCUGACAUUCCACUACUUUGCAGAAGCAAAACCAACCAACGAUGGCACCUUGGAGGUGAGAGUACAGUUCUUCGAAAACAAAUGGCAAAGAACCGAUAGCAAAGAAGUGCCGAGGGAACAAUUCCUGCUCGCACUGGCUGACGUGAAAACAAUCCUAAUCAAAGCGACUUACAACGACGAACGUGAGCUGGCUGUCAUCACAAGUGCUAGUAUAGAGACCGCGGAGCCAGGAGGCACCGGCCCCGUAGCUGUGCAUGUGGAGGAAUGCAGAUGUCCUGAAGGAUACAUCGGAACCUCUUGUGAAGACUGCGCCCCUGGUUACAAAAGAUACUCACGUGGAAUCUACCUGGAAUUGUGUAAUCGUUGCGACUGCAAUGGCCACUCAACAAUGUGUGAUCCAGACACUGGCGUUUGUCACAACUGCCAAGACAAUACCGAAGGUGAUAACUGUGAAAGGUGUAGAUUUGGUUACGAGCGCGAUAGUUGGGAUAAAUGUGUCGCUAUAGAAACCCCACCUUCUUGCGUAUGCGACAGCCGCGGAAUAUUAAACCCGUGCGACGAGUAUGGUAACUGCCAGUGCAAACGGAAUGUGGAAGGUAUCGCUUGCGACCAGUGCCGUCGUGGCACUUUCGGAUUGGAUAUUACCAACGUUGAUGGCUGCUUAACUUGCUAUUGCUCUGGUGUUACAACUGAGUGUCAUGAGGCCACCAAUUACCGUCGCAUACCCUUGCCCGCUCCGAUAAUUGGCGAUAACUUUGGAGAUUACGUUAUCACCAACAUAAACGGCGACCGGGAGUUUAAUACCAACUUUGUGCCUAUGCCCAGGAAUAGUGAACUUCGAUACAACUUUGAAUAUCCCCCUACGGAAACCCUUUACUGGUCACUGCCCGUGUUCCCAGGUAACAGAAUAUUGUCAUACGGCGGCGUUUUACAAUUCGAACAGAAGUUCGAAGAUCAGUACAGGGAGCCAUCAGGAAGUGCCGACAAGAUUGUGGUACUUAUUGGUAAAGACAUUGCAUUAUACUGGAACAGUCCAUCGCCGAUUAUAACUGGACAGCGAACUGAAGUGGUUCUCCAAGAAGAGGACUGGUACAUCCUGAACACCGCGACCCCAGCAAGACGCUUCGACUUUUUGAAAGUACUCCAAUCUCUGAGAAGAGUUCUAGUAAAAGCAACAUUGACGGAAAAUAUCGUAUCGAGUACAAUAGCAGAUGUUGCUAUGGAUGUAUCUGAAGCCACAACUGAUCCUGCGUACCAACUUGCAAAGUCUGUUGAGGUUUGCAUAUGCCCAGAUGGGUACACAGGCACUAGUUGCGAAAGUUGCCUACCUGGAUACUAUAAAGAUCACAGGGGUCGCUGCAGCGUUUGCAAUUGUAAUGGACACAACUGCGAAUUGAAAUUUAACAAUGAGGUUGUAUGUUACUGUCGGCCGCCAUACACUGGCGUCGACUGUUCCACAUUCGUACAACAAUCAGACACACAAACAAAGCCGCCGACCAGACCGCCUCCCUCUUCUUCUACCCUGGUAGUGACUAUAACAUCUCCCACAAUCUGGAUUAAGGACGUCGGUAGCACAGUAAACUUUACUUGUCAAGCACAUAGCCGAAUUACACGCAAUAGAUUCCCCAUUACCUGGACGAAGGCAGGAGGAUCCCUGCCCUAUGGUAGAAGUUUCGUUGACCCUGACAGUGGUGUUCUUUUGAUUCGUGACUUGCAAUAUUCUGACUCUGGGAAAUACAUUUGUGAAACGAGGGAUGGUAUAUCGACGGCACAGGCUAUAGCCAGUCUAACUGUUGGCGUAAACGAACGAACAGUACCCGUCGUGACAAUAGUAUCAGCAGUACAAGACUACAUAGAAGGCGAAACCAUAGAGUUAGAAUGUAGAGCGUCAGGCAAUCCUGCACCUACGUUAAAUUGGCGCCGAGCCAAUACCCAACCACUACCACAGAAUGCGCAAGUCCAAGAUGGAUUGUUGAUCAUCGAACAGUCUCGUAGGAUUGACUCUGGGGAAUACAGAUGCACUGCAACAAACACCGAGGGCUCUGACGACCGCAUCGCUGUAGUUAAUGUACGACCCGUACCGCACAGACCGGCGCAGGAGACGUUAAUUGUAUCAAAUCAAUCUCCCACCAUUGACGAAGGCCAAAGCACCCAGAUUACGUGCACAGGCACCCCGUCUGUCCGUCCGGAGACUAUACAAUGGAUCAGGCAAGACGGCACCGACUUUUAUCCGAACGUAGUCUCCUCCAACGGAGUUCUUCAAGUCAACGAAGCUGUCCUAGAAAACCAGGGGGUCUACAUAUGCCAAUCCUCGGACAGAAACGUAAUACCCGGGACGAGUGUGCUGACUGUAGUACCGCUAUACUCGCCCCCACCAUCGGAGACUGUUAACAUUACCACCUCACUGGACAGAUUGAUAAUACCUACCGGAGAUUCUAACUCUGUAGAAUGCUUCCCACAUGGCGACCCACUUCCAUUAAUCAGAUGGAAGAAGUAUCAAGGAGAAUUCGGCCCUGGAACUAGUCAACGCGGUAACAUAUUAUUCAUCACGAAUGCCCAGGAAGGCGACAAAGAUUUUUACGUCUGCGAGGCCAUCGUAGAUAAUGAAGUUGUUGCUUCUAUCUAUGUCUAUGUAGAGAUUGAAAAACGGGAACCGCCAAAAGUAUCGAUAUGGCCACAAGACUCAAACUUAGUAACCAUUGGGACAACGUUCCAAUUGUCAUGCCAAGUUUUAGGCGGAUUGCCAGACCCUGAUAUCGUGUGGAGCAGAGAAGGAGGCCAGCCGUUGUCCACCAGAACACAUAUCCGGCCACACAAUAUUUUGGAAUUCGAAGAAGUCGACGUCAAUGACGAAGGUGCUUACACUUGCACAGCAUCCAAUACUGCAGGAAUAGAUCAUGCGACGGCUAAGGUCAUGGUACAGUCUUUUCCGAGCAUCUCAAUAAAACCGGAUAACUACAACAUGAUUGGCAGGGGACAGUCCUUAGAUGUGGUGUGUAGAGGAAAUGGUUAUCCAUUGCCUGAAGUCACUAUUACAGAUAAGGACUCUAGAAAUGUUGGGCAAAACCUGCAGUCUGGUGUGGUAGCACUGAAAAUUAUCUCGGCUACCGACAGUGAUGACGGCCAAUACGUAUGCCGGGCCUCCUCUACUGCUGGUACCGUCGAAGAUACCAUCGUCAUCGUGAUCGAUAGAGGCGACAUAGGCGGUGGCGAAGGCAGCGGUUAUGAUCCCGGAGAGGACAUAGAUUCAGGAUCAAGCCCGGUCACUGUGCUUGAAGGAUCAAACACUUUAAUCAGAUGCGAAUCUGAUGGCUAUGCUGACACUGAGUGGAGAAGAAGUAGUGGGAGGCCUUUACAAGAGAACGCACAUCAAACAGGAUUAGAUUUAAGAAUUACUAAUAUAUCUAGAAACGACGCCGGUUACUACGAAUGUGUCUUAUUGGACGGAGACAGAGAGGUAGGGUCCAAAUACCAGGAAUUGGUUGUGGUGGCAGCGCCAAGGAUCACGCUCAGGCCGCAGAGUCAAACCGCUCGUCCUGGUGAUACCAUCGUUGUGGAUUGUAUCGUUGAUGGUGAUGACAUACAAGAAACCACCUGGGUCCCUUCAAAGAAGUGGAGUGAUCGUGUCGAAGUUCGCACAUCUCAACUGAUAUUCAACCAGAUCGAGGUAGAAGACGCCGGAGAGUACUACUGUUUUACCCGAAACUCCGUUGCAAAUGUUACAAAAACAGCUCAAGUCUUCGUAAGCGAAGACAGCGAUCGCAUGUCGAAGGUGUCUCGCGAUAUAGAGCAAUAUGGCCGUGUGGGUGACUCCAUAACAAUAAAGAGCUGUGGCGCAAGACACCAGAAAGUCUUUGUGCAAUGGACUAAGGAUGGGAGUGCACUUCCGAAAUCUGUAAAAAGGAGAGGCGACGGCCAUCUCCAUAUUAAGUCCGCUAGAAAAUCUCACAGUGGAAAGUACGGAUGCUUCAUAGAAGACGCAUAUGGGAGGAGUAGCACCAAAUACAUCAACCUCCACAUAUCGGGCAACCCUACGGAGUAUAACCUGGUGAGCAUUGAGCAGCCUAAUAGAGCCUACACAGUCGGUGAGAAUGUUCAAGUGAUCUGCCGUAAGACCUCUCCUCACGUCAUUACCAAUUGGGAAAGAUUGGGAACCAACCAAUACGUUCCCGUGGAAAAAUAUGAUGGUGAUAGCAUGCUAGUGAUAAUUGGUGUGUCAACGACGGAUGCUGGCAUAUACAGAUGUACCGGUGAAGAUCGCAACAGACAACGCAGUUUCGCAGACUUCAAUCUCGAAGUGCGACCAGAUUCGAAUACACCUCAGCGUAAUGAUAACAGUCCGUACGAUAAGCAUUUGUAUGAGGAUGUGGAUAUACCAUGCAUACAUACCCUAGACCCGCCUGUGUCUAUCCAAUGGCGGAAGGAGUACUCCUCACUACCAUCAUAUGUCGCAGAUAAAGCGCCCGUUCUGUCACUGCGCAAUAUCUCGGAAAAUGACGCCGGUAUUUACAUAUGCCGUGUUAUGAACCGUUGGACAACGUAUGAAGAUCGAUCAAUUCUUCGCGUAAAUGGACUAGUGCCACAAUUCAACGGUCAUGCCUGGAUUCAGCUACCGACCCUGAAAGAAGCUUAUAGCAAAUUCGACAUCGAGAUUUCGUUCAGACCAUAUGAUAACGACGGCCUGCUACUAUACAAUAGUAACCAACGUAAUGGUAACGACGACUACUUGGCGCUGCAGCUCAUCAAGGGUACACCACAGUUCUUGAUGGAAACCGGCGUAGGCCCAGUAGUACUGGAUGGCGAUAUAUCAUUAGAACUUAAUCAAUGGCACACCAUCAGACUGAGCAGGAAUGCAGACAAAGUUACGAUGUAUGUGGACGACACUGGACCUUUCAUUCGUAGAGAAGGCAAAUGGGAGGUACUCGAGCUGUCUGAACCAUUGUACAUCGGCGGUAUCCCAUAUGGAGUCUCUUUGCCUCCGACGCUAACGUCAAAUGGUUUCAUCGGCUGUGUAAGCUUGCUAGUGUUGAACAAGAAAUCGAAGAAUUUGAUAUCUGAUAAGGUUGCUUCGAACGGCAUAAAGGACUGCGAUACCUGUACUCCUAACCUUUGCAUAAACAACGGUGUUUGUCAGGAAGCGACUAACGAGCGUGGAUACGUAUGCUUAUGCACGCCCGGUUACGCCGGUUUGAACUGCAACAGGACCGGUGAGGCGUGCCGGCCCGGCAUCUGUGGACCAGGGAAAUGUUCUGACACAGCAGACGGAUACACAUGCGCCUGUCCUGUUACUUACACCGGCAGAAAUUGCGACGUUAAACAAUUCAUCGAAUACCCCGCGUUCACGGGCAGUGCAUACCUGGCCAUCAAAGCACCCACUACUUCAAAGUUCUUCAAGAUGUCCAUGAAGGUCAAGGCGGCCGCCCCAGUUACUGACGGCAUUAUUAUGUACUGCGCUGAGUCACCACGUGGAUAUGGAGGGUUCACUUCCCUGGCUGUGCAUAACGGAAAACUUGAAUUGAGAUACGAUCUGGGUGAUGGAAGCGUACCAGUUAUUAUAACGGCUGACAGGGAGCUACCUGCUAAUAAAUGGACAGAUGUGAACAUAGCACGUGUUGGGCCUGAUGUCUCCCUAAAAGUUGACCUUAUAAAGAGCUACGAAGGCCGGCUGGAUUCCCCGAAAAAGGAUCUCACACUGGAGACCGCAAUGUACGUCGGUGGUGUUGACGACUCAAUCACUCUGAACAACAAUACUGGUGUCACCGGAGGCUUCAAUGGCUGCAUCAAGGAGGUUCAAGUAUAUGGUAAUGCUGUGGAUAUCGUUAACUCAUCGAUCCAAUCUGCGAAUGUGAAGGAAUGUAGCAUGUACGAACGUGGCGAUAUACCUGAGGACGAAAGUGUUUGCCCCGAUUGCCAGAAUGGUGGAUCGUGUGUACCCAAUUGGGGCGUGUGCCAGUGCCUACCUGGCUUUUCGGGCACCUAUUGCGAAAUCGACAAUCGACGAACAACGCGGUCGGCGUGCGCAAUUCUCCCAUGCAAGAACGGCGGCACAUGCAGACCUGACCCUUCCACCAUGAUGAAUUACACCUGUGACUGCCCUCUCGGAUACUCAGGCACCAAUUGCCAGAUGAUUUUGGACCUCCUUCAAAGCGUAGGCUUCAAUGGCAAUGGAUAUUUGGAACUGCCGUCACGACUUCUGCGUUAUGACGUUGCGGAAAUGGCUAUCAUCGCUCUGGCUAUGCAUACUAUCAAUGACGGCGUGCUACUAUAUCAGAAACAAGGCGCUUAUCCUGAUGACUUCACCAGCGAUUAUAUAUUAUUACGAGUGGAGAAAGGCUUUGUGGUGGUAGAGUGGAAUUUAGGUGGUGGAGUUUCUUCGUUAUCGAGCAAAGUUUUCGUUGCAAACGGCGAACGACAUACUGUGAUUGUGAAAUUCCUCCCUGACGGUAUCAUUUCCAUUGAUGUGGACUAUUCAUCCAAAAAUGCUACAAGUGUAGGCCUUCAGAAAAUGAUGAAUGCGGAUUCCAACAUCUACAUUGGUGGCAUCCCAGAGAGCCUGAACUGGAAACACCUCCCCGGACUGACGGGUUGUAUUGAGCAAGUGGAACUGAUGAACACUGGCCGUGGCCUCAACUUGGGCAGGGAAGCUGUAGCAGCCAGGAACACGCAGCCAUGCAGGGAUCCCGAACCAGGCUAUUAAGGAAAAGGAGGGUUCUACAUGGUUCUAUCUAUUAGUUGUAAGGUCAAUUCUUGAAACAGGAAAUCACUUUAUCAAUGUAUGUCUUUUAAAGUUCCGAUUUUAAUGUCAUUUCAAUAUAUAGGUAAUAGUAAUAGUAAUAAUGAUAAUUAAUGGAAAUAAUCCGAUUUUUGGUCUCGAUGUUGUUCGUUAAAUAUAAUAUCAACGAUUUAAUAAUAAAUACAGUGUUACAAUUUCUCUGCAUUAGAAACUUUUAACUGACUAUUGUACUUUUAGUAUUAAGAUUCCAACAUUCUGGACAAUACAGCUAGCUAGUACUUAGAUAACGGAGAUGUCAUCGAUGAUACAUCAUCAUGGCGACGUUUAGGUAAGAAGGAAUUAUUGUAUACUCCCGCGAGGUGGUCUCCGUGGAGCAAAGAAGUUGGUGCCAUAAUGUUCGAAUAAUUAAGUAAAUGUAGUUAGGUGACUAUUUUCUAAUUAACCUUUAUACAAUUUCCGGUGAUUACAAUAAGUUUGCAUAUUAGUCUUUAUACAUAUUUCCUUUGCUGUUAUUAUUAUAUUGAAAUAAAAUCAGCUUCUGAAUCGAUUAGAAAUCAAACAUGUGCCAAAAGUGAUAGCGGCAGACAAUCUUGUUUAUAUCACUGCCAUUAUAA